UUACGAAUUUCGUUUGACGAUACAUACAAUCAUCAGUUUUGUCAGGCUGAGAAUACUACUAUCACAGUCUUCCCAUAGAUUACAUCUACAACCUAGGUUACGAUGUUUCUAAGAAAUCUUCUCCAAGCUUCUGCACUUCUACCCUUCCUCUACUCGACCGCUGCUGCGGAAACAGCCUGCAACAACUCGCCAUCAUUAUGCAGCAAAGCGUACAACAACAUCACACAUCUCGGCGCUCACGAUUCGCCAUACCUACGCAAUGAAGCCACAUCUUUCUCCACGUCAGGGAACCAGUACUACAACACAACAGCACAGCUCGAGGCUGGAGUUCGGUUACUCAGCGCGCAAGUACAUUCAGAAACCGCCAACGGGACGGAGACACUUCGACUAUGCCAUACUAGUUGCGCUUUGUUAGACGCGGGAACACUGGAGAGCUGGUUAUCAGAGAUCAAGACGUGGAUGGACAAAAACACCAACGACGUCGUGACCGUCCUGAUUGUCAACUCGGAUAGCGCAUCAGCUGCAGACUUGGGCGCGCAGUUCAAGUCGGCAGGCCUCGAUGAGCUCGCAUACACACCUCCCUCGACAACGACGAUUCCUACAACAUGGCCGACUCUCGACAACCUCAUCUCCAAUGGCACUCGUCUCAUGACGUUUGUCGCGUCUCUGAGUGAAACAUCAACCGACUACCCUUACCUGAUGGACGAGUUCACCUUCAUAUUCGAGAAUGCAUACGACAACGUCAACCCCUCGAACUACUCGUGCACGCCCGACCGCCCAACGUCGCUCACCACCACGGCUGCAGCUUCAGAGUCAGGGCGCAUGUUCCUCAUGAACCACUUCCUGUACUCGCAAUCGUCGUUCAUCGAGUCGCCCAACGCAACCUACGCCAACACGACGAACGCGCAAUCGGGGUACGGGAGCCUGGGCGUAUCGGUCGACGAGUGCACGAGCGUGUACAACAAACCACCGACGUUUGUGCUGGUUGACUUUUUCAACAUGGGGCCAGCGAUUGCGAGCGUGGACGAGGCAAAUGGAGUGAGCGAUGCGACGGGCAGGACGAGCGUUAGCGCCGAGGCGUUGACGAGUGGGAACAGUUCUACGGGCGGAGUGGGCCGGCGCCAGGGGAGUCUGCUGGCGGUGGUGGUUGCGGUUGUGGUGGCUGUUGCGUUUGGGUGAGAUGUUUUGGGGGGUUGAGGGUUAAGCGUUGGUUGGGUGAAAUUCUGGCGUUUGGACUGGUAGCGUUGCAUGCGAUGGCGUUUUGCUUGGUUGUGUGGGAACGGCCUGUUUGUGGGCAUGGCCUGGUUGUGGGCAUGGUCUGUUUUAUGGGCCUGGACAUGGUAUAUCACAUAGGCUAGGCACGGGCAUGUGGACUGCACUGCACGGGCAGGACGAGUUCACGAAUCGAUCGGUUGGCGAG